GGGCCCUGCGGCCGUGGCGGAGCGCAGCGAGACCCCGACCUGAGCCCGGCUCGGCGCCGCCACAGCGCCGGGGGAGCUCUCCGAGCAGAGCCCCGGAGGAUGGAAGAGAAAAGCAUGCUGUGUGACCUCUUUGAAGAGGAGAACCUUACCAGUCCCAGGGAGGAGAGCACUGAAGGUGAUGUGAAGACAUUUUGGACACUAUUGGGAGGUAGAAGAGUGGAUGUCAUAUUUGAGCAGCUGCAAAAUGUGCUGUCCUUGCUGAAGGAAAAGAUCAAGAAUGGAACUGCAACAAACCAAGAGUGCUGGCAGGCUUGGGCACUGGUGAAUGAAGCUAAUCUAGGUGAUCUCUUAACCUUGCCAAAUGUAAGUGACGAAUUGAAUGGAGAUGAUGCACAGGAAACCAAACCCAAACUGCAGCCUCUUCUUCCAGAUGACAAUGCUGCAGACAUUGUAGAAGCUUCUGACAGUAGUGAAAAAGAGGACAUGGAAAAAACCUGCUCAGGGAGUAAAGAAGCACCAAGCAAAAUUCAAGGUUUACCUUUAAAAGUUCAGUAUCAGAACCACAAGUGCUCUAGUGCAUGUCUUGCCAACAGAGCAGUGGGUUCCUACAAGGGUGAAAAUCCUCUGAAGAUCCCCAUCCUGUUUGACUUCCAAAGACGCCAUGCAAAAGCAGACUGCCUUUCGAAGCCGCUGGAUGUGAAUUACAAAGCUCCUUGUGGGCGCAGUCUGAGAAGCUUUCAAGAUGUGCGGAACUACUUGUUUGAAACAGAGUGCAAUUUCUUGUUUGUUGAUCACUUCUCCUUCAACACCUAUGUGCUGUUGGGCAGGAACACCAUGAAUCCCGAGCCCCUGGUGUUUGAGUUUGACAUUAGCGACGGAGCCGAGUCUGUGCCCAUCUCCUUCUGUAACAGCCUCGACCACGCAAGGCUGCCUUAUUUCAAGUAUCGGAAGUCCUCGUGGCCGCGUGGAUAUUAUCUCAACAAUCUCUCCAGCCUGUUUGUUGAUUCCUGUGACUGCACAGAUGGCUGCAUUGAUAGGUCCAAAUGUGCAUGCCUACAGCUAACAGCAAGAGGCUGUAGUAAAAUUUCUCUGUCUCCAAGUAGUAAAAGAUCCCAUGGGUACCGUUACAAGAGACUGGAGGGACCUGUUCCUAGUGGGAUUUAUGAGUGUAGUGUGCUGUGCAGGUGUGACAAGCUGAUGUGUCAGAACAGAGUUGUGCAGCAUGGCAUUCAAGUCAGGCUGCAAGUGUUCAACACGGAGAAGAAGGGCUGGGGUGUCCGCUGCCUGGAUGACAUCGACAAGGGGACAUUUGUUUGUACUUACUCAGGCAGAUUAAUGAGCAGAGCUGAAGUUUUGGGAGAUAGUGAGCAAGAGCUGAAGGAGAAAAGUGCAGUGAAUGAUAGAGGCCAUGACUUUUCUUCCAAAAAAAGAAAACUUGACCUUGGUCGUUCAGACUCAGUGAUUGAACUAGUGCAGACUGACAAAAAUGACAUCCUUGAGAAUCAGGAUUCUUUGUCUCAGACUGUGGAUAAUGAAAAUAAAUCAACUCUGGUUCAUCAGAAGAACUCAAGUAAUGCAGCAGUGAGAAGGCCUGGAACUAGAACACUUAUUUUUCACAAUCACCAGCCAGAAAUGGUGCACAGUACCAGCUCAGAUGAAGAUGAUAGUUCUCAGAUUCAUCAACCAAGCAAAACAAAACUAACCAGUGGAACAAAGAAAGGAAAGGAAAAAUGCACCCGGCAGCAGAAGGAAGAGCAUCUGAUGGACAUUGGACAGACUGACUCUGCUGGUGUAGAGACUGCGGGAUGUGAAAGGAAGAGUCUGUCACUGCAGGGUGUUGAGUGUGGCAAGCCCAGUGUGCUGGCUGACACCUGUGUUGUGAGACCAUCCAGCAAUGCACCCCUAAAAGCUGACUGCAGAGAAAAUAGCAGGCAGCCAAAACAAGAUGCGCUUUGUGAGGAGUCUGAGGAUGAUGGGAUGUUUCCCAAGAACAGUAAUGAAGAAAAUAUUUAUGUACUGGAUGCCACAAAAGAAGGAAAUGUGGGUCGUUUUCUAAAUCACAGCUGCUGCCCAAAUCUCUUUGCACAAAGUGUGUUUGUAGAAACUCACAACAGAAGUUUUCCAUGGGUUGCAUUCUUCACAAACAGACAUGUGAAAGCGGGAACUGAACUCACCUGGGAUUAUGGUUAUGAAGCUGGAAGCAUGCCAGAGACAGAAAUUUCCUGUCACUGUGGAGUUCAGAAGUGCAGGAAAAAAACCUUAGGAGGGAUGCAGGAUAUCGCCCUUCCCACGGUGAAAGCCCUCGGGAAUGGCGGCCCGAAGGCGGUGCCGGGCACGGGUAUCGAACCCGGGUACUCGGCCGUGACCCCCACCGCGCCCGCGGGGCCACGCCUCCCUUAUCACGUGACCGGCGCCUCACCGGCGCGCCUUCCCUCCUGCCACGCGAGCGUCGCAGCCAAUCAGCGCCGCGCAGGUGUGCGGGGCGGAACAUCGGCGGGCCCCACCGCGCAUGCUCCGGGGCGGCGGUGGCGGCGACGGUGGCGGCGACGGUGGCGGCGACGGCUCGCCGCGGGAUUUCCUGCUCUAGGUGCUUUGUGGAUAAUGGCGAAGAUGGUGAGAACGACAUGUGCGUUUUGUUCAGAAGGGGAGGCUGGCUCUGUGAUGUACAUCGCCACAGAGAGAAAUAUUGCAGCUCAUCAGGAUUGUCUGUUAUUUUCCUCAGGAUUUGUGGAAUCUGAAGAUCAUAACCCAGAAAAUCUGGAAAUAAGGUUUGAUGUGUCAUCAGUGUUGAAGGAGCUGAGGAGAGGAAAGCGGCUGGCGUGCAGCUUCUGCCGCAAGAAGGGGGCCACGGUGGGCUGCGAGGAGCGCACGUGCCGCAGGAGCUACCACUUCUUCUGCGCCCUCUGCGACGAUGCCACCGUAGAGACCGACGAGGUCAACGGCGUCUACAGAGUGUUCUGCCCAAAACAUGACCCAGGGAAUCGGACCAAUCGCUAUGAUGCAGCUAAUAAGAAAAGAAGACGUACGUUGACAUCUCCCACCAUCACAGAAGAAAUGAGUACAGAAGAGACAGCAGAAGAAAACAGUUUACGAAUACUAAAAAGAAAAAACAACAGGCAUAAAGUUCGGAUAGACUUUGUUAGGAAGUGCAAACAAGCUGGGCUUCUGGAUGAUAUAUUUGAAGAAAUGCUGGACACACUUCAUCUGGCUCAGGAAAAGCUGAUGGAUGACAACACUUCAGAAACAGAGUAUGAAGAGACAGUGAUGGCACUGUUUGACUGUGGACUGUUUGAAAACAUACUGACAAAUAUUUAUUCAGGAACAGAAGAAAAAAUCCAGAAACUUCUGGAAAACAGAAAAAGACUGGAUCACAAGAUUGAGCUGCUGCAGGACUUAAAAGAAGUCAUCCUUUCUACUCCAGAGAACAUGGCCAGUACAUCCAGUACAGCAUCUGAAUAACCCCUCUCUGUGAUGGUGCAAUUGUUAGGAAUUUUAAUGAUAAAAACCAUAGACCAGUCUGGUCAGUGCCCAAUUCCCCAGCCCCAAGAUGAGGGCUGAAUGGGUGCAAGAAUGUGGUGUUAUACUCAUUUUUAUACCUCACUGUUGCAAUAAUUUAAAGUCCUUCAAGUUUUCAAAUUUUCCUGUUCAAAUUUUUCCCUGCUUCCACUAGAAAUUUCCACUUACAUUGCACAAUGGAACAUAAAUGAGUGUUACUAACUAAAUUUAGCUUUUGCAAAAACUUAACCCUCCGGGGAAGACUUUUUUUCUCAAAGCCAGGGAAGUGUUGAGCUGCCACAGAACACUUGCUAAAUUCACUUAAACUGUGGGAGCCCUCUCCUGGCUGGGCAGUAGUGCCUCGCUGUGUGUGUCUAUUCAGUGAUGUUUGAAGGAUCAUAGUGCUACUUUGGCUUUCCCAAAAAAGAUAAAUGAGCAGGACUUGCACUCAAAGAAGCCUUCUGGAUUACAAACAGGAGUUUAAUUUAAAAAGCCAAAUUAUUCUUUAUUGACUGGUCAAGGUGCACUGUUUCUGCUAUACUGGCAGUGGUAAAGCAGUGUUUGCAGGCAGACCAGAAAGGGUUGGGCAUUGCACUCAGAACAAGUACAAUGUCAAAUGGAGCAAAACAGUGACUGAAUCUCCCCUUCUCCAUUAAGAAAGGGUUCAACUUUUGUUUUGUCUUUAAAAUAUUGUUUGAAUACAGAAAAGCCACAAUAGGCUAAGUUAAUAAAAUAAAACAUUUUUUAAAGGA